AUGAAAUCUUCUUUUAUUAUCCUAGGCGUCUUGCCACUACUCUUAUUGGAACCAGCGAACGGUGCCCAAUGUACAGAAAGAAAAUACGAAGAAAGCCUGUGCGGUGAUUCGGGAGAUGUUGAAUGCUCGUAUAGUUUCUAUCGCAAGUACGUUCGCAGUAACGACAGCUACACUGAAUUCUCUCGCGGUUGUGGUCAAGACACAAAGGAAAACUGUAAACAACUUGCGGAUGAGAAAAGCUGCCAGGAUUCAGCCCAAUGUAUGUGGUUAGGUACAAGAAAAGCAAGUGAUCCUCCAUACGUUUAUCGAGAAGCUGGAUGCCAAGAAUUCGACUGCGCAUUUGGUUGGGGCAAAAAUAUGUGCGACCAAUUCAAGGAGUGCUCAUGGGAUCUAGAACACAAAGUAUGCAAGACCACACGUCAAACCAAAAAAGGGCUUUGGGACAGGCUGAAAGAUUAUUUACGAGGAAAAAGCAAUUAA